GAACUUAUUUCCAGGACCUUCUUUUUCUAGUCAUGUCAACAGUCGGAGGCUUUCAGCGGCGAACGGCGAAGAACGCCACCACGCGUCGCGCAGUGAAACAAUACGAGCCGAAGGUGGUCGAGAACCCGAAGCGCGUGCUCUUUCUGAAAGGGGCGUCCUCGACGGAUGCUGUGAACGAUGCGAUCAUCGACCUCAUGGCCAUCACGAAGCCGUACUGCAAGAAACUCGCCAAGAAGAACGCGUUUUAUCCUUUUGAGGGCCGCCAGCAUCUCGAAUUCCUCGGCUUCAAGAACGACUGCUCGCUUUUCUGCUUCGGGGCAAGCAACAAGAAACGCCCGAAUAACCUCACGCUGGGGCGGCACUUCGAUUUCCACGUGCUGGACAUGAUCGAGCUUGGCAUCCUCGCGGCGGACCGGCUGGACAUGUCGAAGACGUUGGGCAUCGACGCCGGCUCCGUGGGCGGCAAGCCAUUUUUCGUCUUUGAAGGCGGUGAGUUCGCCUCCGAUCCGGCCUUUGUGCGCCUGAAGAAUCUUCUCAUUGACUUCUUCCGCGGUGGCCACGACGAGGCGAUCAGCCUAGACGGCUGCGACCGCGUCCUCUUCUUCUCUCUGCGCUCGCAGAACGGCGAGGAUGCGUGCGUUGCCCCGUCCACCGACUGCUACACGAACAAGCCGCCUUCCGAGAAGGGCAACACUGUUCUGUGCAUGCGGCACUACGCGGUGCAGAAGCCGUCCGCCGCGUCCGGGGUUCCCAAAGCGAUCAAGAACGUUCAGCUGUAUGACAUUGGGCCGAACUUCGACUUCGAGCUGCGCCGCACGUCCUUCGCUACACCGCAGGAGUUCAAGGUGGCCUGCCGGGUGCCGCGCGAGACGCUGGCGACGAUGCGGUCGAUGGCUGCGAACGUGAAAUCGGACGCCCUCAACAACCUCCGCGGCCAGCUGCACGUCGGCAAUCAGGACGUGAGCGAGCUGAAUCUGCGUCGCUUCAAGGCACACCGCCGCGGUGGCGCUGCCGCUGACGCUGCGGAGGUUGCAGAGGGUGCGGAGGAGGGCCACAAGCCCCGCCGCCGCCGCGCACGUGCCGAGGAGCCGGGUGACGUGCGACCUGAGACUGACAUUUGA